AUGGGGAAAGUUACCAAACAUAGCAACAAUAAAGACAAAGGAAAAGCACGCAGCUUUUCUACCCUCCGAUUUUCUGCUACCAAAGGCUUUAUUUCGAAUCAAGCUACAAUCACACAAGCCUUCAAGCGAGUAGCUAAAUUCAAUGCAGCAGCAACAAGUAUUGAUCCUUCAAGCAGCUCAAAUCAGGGCGAGUCAUCAACAUCUGAAAGCCAAGAAGAGCGCUCUGUCCCUGAAGAGGCCGGAUUAGAAGAGGGUGAAGAGAACUGCGAGGCUGAAGACUCAUGGCAAUCUCACGACCCCAUCAUUAUGCGACAAUUGCCACAGGAGCUUCAGAUGGAAUUCCCUGCCGUUUUGACUAGCAAAGGAGGUGUUUCCAAAACUGUCGCAAAUCUCCUUCGUCCGUGCAUGCAAAAUUCAAUGGGUCCUCAGAGAUUCCAAAAGUUACUCCGAGAAUUGCAUGUUCUUCGUCAUGAUCAGCUGGAACUCCAGUACUUACUGUCAUGUUUGGCUAAAAAGAAAGGACUCCUCCGGAACUACUCGUUCCUCCCUUACUCGAAUUUUGAAGACCCUCACCAGUAUGCUGGUUAUGUACCAAGUGCCACUUAUUUCAGGACUUUGUACACAGCAAUGAUCGAGGAACUCAAGCCAAAGAUGGACAAACAUGCCAUGCUUCUUGACGGCAAGGUGCUUAAGUGCGAUCACUCUUUCAAAUUCCCGAAACAUAUCGCUAAAAUUGAGGAUGCUGGUGUAUUCACUGCCUUGUUCACCGUGACGAAUGAGUAUGAGGAGAUCGUACAUCAGGUUCUGGUCCCCUCAAAGUCCCUUAUCUAUCUGAAGCAUUCAUUGCAAAAGAUGAAAGAAGCAUACGAACUUUAUGGACAUGAGAUGCCGGUAGCUUUCUUCACUGAUAAUGUGCAAAGCGAUAAACGAUUCUUGGAGAGCAUCUUCGACUCUUUGAAGGUCAUUCAAGAGGUCCCACGUCAGCAAGAGACUGCAAACAGCAACGCAAACCGGUUAUUCCUCAGGCUGCCAAAUGAUGUUGAGGUAGAUUAUCUCAAUCGUGAUGUAGGGUUAAUUAUUAGGAAGAUGAAGGAUCUGAAUGACAAGUUGACAGUCGAGAGAAACGCUGGCAAGCCCUCGGUUAUUGGACUUGACACAGAGUGGAAUGUGAAUGACGAUCCGCAUUACGAUCAAGUUGAUGUCAUUCAGAUUGCUCAUGGCAAUACAGUGGACGUUCUGCAUAUUGAUAGAUCCUGGCUCGCACUCCCCAAGGAGCUUGUAGAUGUGCUUGUAAAUGCUGAUAUCACGAAAGUUGGAAGAAGCAUUGGUGUUGAUUUCUCUCGUCUCAAUAAUCGGUUCGGAAUUGAAUGCAAAACGAAGUUGGAGCUAGGAUCAUUCUGUUCUGCACGGCAGCUAAUCUCAACAGGUACAAUGUCAUUGUCAGACAUUUCGCUAUGUAUACUUGGUGCCCCUCUUGAUAAAGGCCCUCAAAGAAGCGCAUGGAAUAUGGCUGACCUCUCGCCAGAUCUUCUAAAUUAUGCUGCAAUUGAUGCUUGGGCUAGUUUGGCCAUCUACAGUGUUGCUGCGAAUCAUCUGCCUGUUGGUAAUCGUGUGCUUCCUACCUGUCCAGUUGGUUCGUUUGUAGAUGUGAUGCCUCCACGAAACAGUCAAGCUGUUGCCUACGGCGAAAUCGUGGCUAAUGGUAGCACAGCAACUGUAAGAAUUACAAAAGUAUAUGUUCCUGGAUAUCUGGCAAAUGGUAUUGCUUUGCAAACAUAUGGUGAACCACCAUUUGAACUGAGAGUUCCUGCAGCUCAUCUCAUCACAGCUGCUUCACCAUCUGAAGCCUCGAGUAUUUCCUCUGUCAAUCCUACCGCCACUAGCGAUCCUGUAAUAGCUACGCCAGUAAGCAAUCCCAAUGCUAUUAUGGAGUCAGAAAUUCAGUCAAAGAUGCAAGAGAUUUUUGGUGAUGCUAUAGACAGGGUUGACAAGGCUGGCUUUACCAGUGGCUAUCGACAGUUUGCUUGGUAUAAUGCUGAUCCCAAAAUUGCUUUUACUCGCGUCGUCAAAGACAUUUUUCAUUUGAUGGAUAUUGUGGAAUUUGAGGCUUGA